GUCUGAACUCGGAAAAAAAUCUGUAGAUUCUGUACCAUCCCUCAUACCCGCAUUUGACAUUUCCCUCUGCAGUCCCGUUUAAACCGCUUGUAUAGAAUCUUCAUCUGUCAUAAACACAGAGUACUACUUCCUCGCUUCGCAUUUUAGAGCUUAAAUCCAUUUUAUUCAUCAAUCAAAACCGCUAAAUCAAUCGCUGGCAUCGCCGUUUUUCCCCCAUUGGAAUCAAAUCAGAUUCAUCCCUAUUUCAGCGCCACCUUUGCCUUGCUUAUUGCAAGCCGUCUGUGCUCUUCAAUUUUCUUUUCUUUUUUUUUUUCGAUUUUGAGAUCUGUCAUUUGUGGUUGGGGUUUUGGAUUUUCAUAUGUUUCAAUUUCCAAAACUCUAAACCUAGCCCUAAUUUCUUGACGAAGCGAUGAAGAGAAGCCAGCUCCCUUUUGGUUUAGAGCGAAAGUGGCUGAUGCCUUUGAUUGUAAGCUCCGUAGUUUCUGUUGCUGUGCUUCUCGUAGUGACUCUGGGUCAUGCAAAAUCUGCUACAAUAUCUGAUUACUCUACUGUUCGACGGAAAUCGAUGAAUUUGGACCCAAAUUAUGUCAAUAAUGAGGAUCCAUCAGAUCUUCCGAGGUUGCCAAGAUUUGCUUACUUGAUAUCUGGCACGAAAGGGGAUGGACAACAACUAAGACGAGUCCUGCAAGCUGUUUAUCACCCACGGAAUUAUUACCUGUUGCAUCUGGAUGUUGAAGCUUCUCCUGCCGAACGGCUUGAGCUAGCCAAAUUUGCGAAAUCUGAUCGGGUUUUGCGGGAAUUCAACAAUGUACUGGUUGUGGGUAAAGCCAACAUGGUCACUUACAAGGGCCCAACAAUGAUUGCCUGUACGCUACAUGCUAUCGCAAUUCUACUGAAGCAGGCCAAGGAGUGGGACUGGUUUAUAAAUCUCAGUGCGUCCGACUAUCCUCUCAUAUCACAAGACGACCUUUUCCAUGUUUUCUCAUAUUUGCCCAGGGAUUUGAACUUCCUCGAGCAUACAAGUAACAUUGGUUGGAAAGAGCACCAAAGAGCAAGGCCUAUCAUUAUAGAUCCAGGAUUAUAUCAUUCAAAAAAAUCUGGUGUUUUUUGGGCAAAAGAGAAAAGGUCUAUGCCUGCUUCCUUCAAGCUAUUCAUGGGGUCCGAGUGGAUGGUGCUGACAAGAUCGUUCCUGGAGUUCUGUGUGUGGGGCUGGGAUAAUCUCCCUCGUACUCUACUCAUGUACUAUACCAACUUCUUGUCAUCCCCCGAGGGGUACUUUCACACCGUAAUCUGCAAUUCAAAAGACUACCAGAAUACAACCGUCAAUCAUGACCUGCAUUACAUAAAGUGGGAUAAUCCUCCAAAGCAGCAUCCCAUCACCCUGACUUUGGAACAUUUCAAUGCGAUGGUCCAGAGUGGGGCUCCUUUUGCACGCAAGUUUAACAAGGAUGAUCCUGUUUUGGACAGGAUAGAUCAUGAGCUUUUGGGAAGACUGGAAGGCCGAUUUACACCGGGAGGUUGGUGCAUGGGGACUUCCCUUAUGGGCAAAGAUCCGUGCACAGUCUUUGUCAAUCCACUGGCUAUUAGACCAAGUAUAAGUUCAAAGAGGCUGGAGAAGCUGUUGGUGCAACUGCUUGAUUCUGAAAAUUUCAGACCUAAACAAUGUAAAUAGUUGUAUAUGCUACAUUGUGAACUACACUUUGCCUCUCAAUGUUACGUCUAAAAAGGUAGGGCAUGUAUUCAUCACCCUCCUUUUUUUGAUACUCAACUGUCAAAGGAAUACCAGCUUCUGUAUUUCAUUCCUUCAUAUUCAAUGGAACAGUUGCAUUUGUUUAUUUA